GAAAUAAUUCCUAACUAAUCCCUUGUAAUUUUAUUCUUGAAGAGCAAAGGCGACAUGAUAGGUUGAUCACAGAGCCAGCCCCACAACUGAAUGUAAUUAACAUACUUCAAGGGUUACAUCGAAGGAAUCAGAAUGAGCUCUAGCAAACUGCCUGUACUUUACUCUUACUGGAGAAGUUCAUGUUCAUAUCGAGUGAGAAUUGCUUUGAACUUGAAGAACAUACAGUAUACCAUUGAACCAGUGGAUAUUUUGAAGAAAGGACAAAACUGCACUAAAUUUCGUCAGGUCAACCCUAUGGGUAAAGUGCCUGCAUUGCUGAUAGAUGGUCACACAAUUGUUGAAUCACUCAAUAUUUUGCACUAUUUGGAGGAGACACAGCCUAAUCACGCUUUGAUGCCAUCUGAUGUCUACCAAAGAAGUAAGGUAAGAGAGGUCUGUGAAAUGAUACAAUCAGGAAUACAGCCAUUACAAAAUGUAGGUCUCUUGUCCCACUUGGAAUCAAUUGCUGGAAAGGACGAAAGAUUAAAAUGGGCCCAGCAUUGGAUCAAUAAUGGAUUUAGAGCUGUUGAAAAGCAGCUAGCAACAUAUUCUGGUAAGUACAGCGUUGGAGAUGAAAUUUCACUGGCAGAUUGCUGUUUGAUUCCCCAGGUUUUCAAUGCAAUAAUGUACAAAGUUGACCUUGAGCAAUACCCAACAAUUCUGAGAAUUAACAAUGAGCUAGUACAUCAUCCUGCUUUUUAUGCAGCCAAUCCACUAAAUCAACCAGAUUGUGACAAACUAAAAAAUAAAACAGACUCUUAACUUGUCUUAGAACCAAAACAGGAAAGACUGAUUGUCAAACUGAUAUAAUUGUGUAAUGAUUGUUGCAAUAAAGAUAAAAUAUUUUUUCUACAAAAAAUA